ACACCACCGCGGGAGGACGCACGGACCGAGCGAGUGUUCAUCUGUGCAUUUAACAAAUCAGUGUAAAAAAUAGAUUUGCUGCUUUGAUAAUACACUUGUUUAUUGAGCGUAUCUCAUCGGAGGUUUAUCUAAGAUCUACACCUCGAUUGCAAUGUCUGUGGGCCCCCCGAGUCGCUCUUCCGCAGGCUGGCCCCGCGGAGGAGCCGCUCAGUUCGGGAGUAAAUACAUGAGCGGCAGCGGCGGCCCCGCGAAGCCUCUCACACUGGAGAGGACUAUUAAUCUCUACCCCCUUACCAAUUACACAUUUGGCACCAAAGAGCCACUGUAUGAAAAAGAUGGCUCCGUGGCUGCCAGGUUUCAACGGAUGCGAGAAGAGUUUGAUAAGAUGGGAAUGAGGAGAACAGUGGAGGGGGUGCUGAUUGUCCAUGAACACAGACUGCCUCAUGUCCUACUUUUGCAACUGGGCACCACCUUUUUCAAAUUGCCUGGUGGAGAGUUAAAUCCAGGGGAGGAUGAAGUAGAGGGUUUGAAACGUUUAAUGACAGAGAUCCUCGGAAGACAGGACGGUGUAAAGCAGGACUGGGUUAUUGAUGACUGCAUUGGCAAUUGGUGGCGGCCCAACUUUGAGCCUCCACAGUACCCUUACAUUCCUGCUCACAUUACCAAGCCAAAGGAGCACAAGAAGUUAUUCCUGGUUCAGCUACAAGAAAAAGCUCUGUUUGCUGUGCCCAAAAAUUACAAACUAGUAGCAGCACCAUUGUUUGAAUUGUAUGACAAUGCACCUGGAUAUGGACCCAUAAUCUCCAGUUUACCGCAGCUAUUGAGCAGGUUCAAUUUUAUCUAUAACUAAAGUGGAAUGGGUGGUGUCUAGCUGUCUCUAUGAGUGCAGUCUUGGUGUUUUGAAGAUUCACAACAAUUUCUUGGCAAGUGUGACUGAACUGCCAGUUCACAACUGUGUUUAUAGUGCUGUUAGAAGAAAAUGAACAUGUAAUGUCUCUUACUUUUUAAUACUGACUUUUGUAGACGGUAUAAGUGUGAA